ACUUGACGAUAUGAGCUGACAGUUCACGGUACUUAGAGCAGUAUCUGCAAGGUGGACUUGAGAUUUUUUAAUUAUUGUGGGCCUACGUAAUAGUCAGUAAUAAAUAAACAUUAAGAACGAUAUAGUAAUAGCGAAGUUGACUUGAACGAUGGGCCUUAAGCCGGGAGUCAGGGUGCUGGUGUGCCUAGUGUCUAUUCAUCUAAUAGUUGCAUACGGCUACCCGGACACCGAAGACAUCUCCUGCGAGACUAAAGAAACCUGCGCGGCAUGCAUCCGGACACCGCAAUGCAUAUGGUGUGCAGAUAUUCGACCAAUCAAGUCCGAGGAUGCCGUUAAAAAUAUCCCCGAGCAACCACGCUGCACGCACCGAAAAUUCAACAGUGAAUCAUGGUGUCGCAUAGAUUUGGUAGUGGAUAAAAACGAGACGUUGGUCCCGAAAGAUGAUCCAUUUUCCUCCCAGCAAAAUAAUCAAACCCAGGUGAAGCCGCAACACGUAAAGAUAUCUUUGCGCCGCCAGGAAGAGCUGCGCAUAAACAUGUCUUAUCAGCAAGCCAAUGAUUACCCAGUCGAUCUCUACUUCCUCAUGGAUUUAUCCGCAUCAAUGGAACCUUACAGAAACAAUCUUGCUAAGUUAGGCGUAAAGGUGGUAGAAGCCAUGGGCAAACUUACCUCCAAUUUUCAUCUCGGGUUUGGUAGCUUCAUCGACAAGGUAGCCCUACCUAUGACAAACACGCAGAGUGAAUGGUUAAAAGUGUGCAAAUUGAAGGAUGGGACCCGGUGUGCUUUACCCUAUGGAUUCAAGCAUCAAAUGAAACUGGGCACGAAUGUCUCACUUUUUACGACAAAAGUAGAAAAGGCGGAAAUCUCUGCUAAUCUGGACGUCCCAGAAGGCGGUUUAGAUGGAUUGAUGCAAGCAAUAGUCUGCCAGCAUGAUAUCGGUUGGCGUAAGAAUGCGCGUCGCCUUUUGGUAUACUCAUCCGAUGCCACAUAUCACAUAGCUGGCGAUGGCAAGCUAGCAGGAAUCGUUGAACCAAACGACGAGACGUGCCACUUGGACGAAAAAGGUGCCUAUACACACGCUGAAAUCCUCGAUUAUCCCUCCAUAACACAGAUGAAUAAGCAAAUUCAAAAGAACAGCAUUAACGUUAUAUUCGACGUGACCAAAGCUGUGAGUCGUGAUUACCAGGAUUUAAGCCUGCGUAUCAACGGUUCUUCCGUCGGGCUCCUCGACAGUAAGUCUGACAAUAAGACCGUGGUGGAUAUCAUCCUCAGUCAGUACGAGACACUAACUAACAAAAUCACCAUGACGAGUAGCCACCCAGAAUUCAUCGAAGUCAAAUUUUUCUCCCGCUGUAUGAACCAGUCGGCUCCACUCAGUGAGACUAACGAAUGCGACGGUAUCCGUGUAAAUAAGUCCGUGCAAUUUGAGAUUUCUAUAAAGGCCAUCGAGUGUCCCGAACGGCCCGAAGAUUGGCACCAGAUAAUCGAGAUCAAACCGCAGGGCGUCGACGAAAGACUAACGAUCGAAGUCGAUCUAAUCUGCGAUUGUCCGUGUUCGAAACCUGACAACGGGUACUUCAAGGCCAACGCGCCUGAGUGCCACGGCAACGGUAACCUCGCCUGUGGUAUUUGCGAAUGCAACAAAUAUUUCCAAGGCAAAGACUGCUAUUGCCCAAGAAAUGGCCCCGAAACGACGGAAAUAUCAUCCACCGGCUGUGCACCUGCCAACGCCACGAAAGCGGAGCUCUGCAGUGGAAAGAAUCGUGGCAAAUGCGUUUGUAAGAAGUGCGAGUGCCUCGCGGGACCAAGACAGGGUGAUAAAUAUAUGGGGAAGUUUUGCGAGUGCGACAACUUCUCAUGCCCGCGGUCCAACCUAAAGGUUUGCGGUGGUCCAUCGCGGGGAACGUGCUACUGCGGUAAGUGCAUAUGUAAGCAGGGUUGGGGCGGUGAUUCUUGCGAGUGCAGCACGUCCAAUACUUGCAUUAACCCCGUGUCUAAGAAGGUGUGCAGCGGGUUCGGGGAAUGCAAAUGCGGUAUCUGCGAAUGCGACACUAUCAAGGGAAGAACCGGACAAUACUGUCAGGACUGUCCGACGUGUUCGAAUCAGUACUGCGAGACUUUGAAGGAUUGUGUUGAGUGCUAUGUUCACAAAACUGGACGCGCUGUGGUCGGAGAUGGUUGCGAUUCAUCUGAGUGCGGAAACGUUGAAGUGUCCGAAAAGGUUGAAACAAUCGACGAGCCGGAGGCAGAUUCCAAGUAUAAGAAGUGUAUGGUACCCGACGACAAUGGUUGUACCUUCGCGUUCAAGUAUGAGGUUGGAGGCUACCAAAGAGGAGACCAACGAUUUGACAAAGUAAUUGCCGAAAAGAAAAAGAAAUGCAGUGCUCUUCCUUUGUUCAGCCCGCUAACCACGGCAGCGGGAGUGAUAUUGCUUACGCUCUUUCUUGGGCUGCUGGGUCUUCUUGCCUGGAAAGCAGUGACCAUGUUCUACGAUCACCGAGAAUACGUCAAAUUCGAAAAGGAACGCGUGUGCGCUACUUACGAAGGGGGCACAAAUCCAAUCUACAAGGCCGCAAAAUCUACUUUCAACAAUCCCAUGUUCGGCACUGAAUCCACGGCCCAGUGACACUUGAGGGGAGAAUCCCACCUGUUUAUCAUGGAAAAGCGUUAUUCGUGAUAUUUUACGUAAGCUAAGACUUCAAAUCUACUAUAGCUGUGAGUGGGUCAGCACAGCGUCGUGACGAAGGUCGGAAAACUGAGUGAGAAAUGAAAAGUUGUUAUUCACACUUUGUGAAACGAGAGAGCGCUCGAAACUGAAUUAUCUGAUAAAGAAAGUAACACCAAAAACAUAAAAAUAUAAAAAAAUUGCAUGCUUAUAAAGCAUCCCUGUAUGACGUAGAUGAAAAAAAAAUUUGAUUAUUCCUCAUCUCGUUCUGUAAUUUUGUUAAUGUAAGAACUGAAUAAAGGUCGCCGUUUGAAUCAGUAUUCUAAAAACAUUAAAACUCAUAUUUAGGGAUCUACUUGCAAGAGUUGCAGCAAAAUGAGAAAAUAUCGGUGUCACCUCAAGAAUUGUUUUAAUACAAAAUGAAAUCAGCUGUUCCUACGACUGUAACAUGGUAAACUUAAAAAAAAAAAAUACGGUUUGUUCAGUUGCUCGCAGCGACGU